CCAGCCUCACAGUCCACUUUGAUGAUGCGAGGCUCUUGCAGUUCAUCAGUGCUACCCCUCACUCCAAGACUGAGAGUCCAGCCUCUUUGCAUCAGGAUUGAUGCCUCUGAUGUUUUUUUGGUGAGCGGGACGCGACGGGACAGCAGGACACCAGCUUUGGCCAGCUUUGGGAAUACUCAAAUUCUCACCAUAGGAGAGAAAUUUCUAAAUAAUCAGAUUUAAAUAAAGAGAUUUACUAUACUAACACCCUCAGCCCCUCCAAAGGAACCAAAUUUCUCUAUUUUUCUCUACGGGCUUUUACCCCAGAUUUUUUUAGGCAACCAUGUCCAGGAGAAAGGUGAGAGGCCUGACCCGUACAGGCCGCCAGGUCAGCGAGGACCCAGAUCUGGACAACCUGCUGUCCACCCUCUCCCCUGAGGAGAUGGAGGAGCUGGAGAAGGACAUGAUGAAAGUGCCAGACAUCAAGCCAGAGGAUGGGAAGAUCAUUGUCCAAGGGGAUAGCCAAGCUGCGCAGCCACCUAUGAGCAACAAUGUCCGGGACGCUAAACUUGACAGCAGACAGGAGAGUGACCGAAAAGGGAGGCUCAGUGAGAGGGAACAGUCAUUUGAGGGUGAGACAAAGAAGGAGAGCCGGAAGCAGGCAUAUCUGAGGAAGAUGGGCCUGAGCCAAGAGGGGAACGACGACGUGGCAGUUGGGCUACGAAGACAAGCUAGUGUCUCAAGUGAACGAGAUAUUAAGGUGGACGAAAGAAACAGCAAAGGUCCUGAAAGUUCGAAAGAGGAGCGAAGUCGGCUUUCGAGUAGAUACAGGAAGCAGGAAAGUAGAGAGUGUGAGGUGAAAGAGGAGACCAAAGAGAAGGAGAAACAAGAGGACAAUAAGAUAAGAGACAGGAGAGAAAACAGAGAGAGCACAGGUAGCAAAACAAAGGAUAUGAUCUCUAAGUUACAGGAAAAAAAGGAUGAGAGGAAAGAAGACUGCAGGAGAAGAGAUGAGAGCAAAACCAAAGACAUUAUCUCAAAGCUACGAGAGAAACAUGAAAAGGAAGUGGGCAAGGAAAAGGAGAGAAAAUCAGAGAGUUUUAAGACACAAGGACUUGUUUCUAAAAUGUUGGAGAAGCAGAGCAAGGCACAAGACAGCCCGGCUCCAGAGAGUAAAUCAGAAGAGAAGAAGCCCAAAGCAGAGGAGAAAAGAGCUGAAGAUAAAAACAAGCCUGAUGUCAAACUUGAGCGACAACCAUCGGAGAGGGGCGAGGUGCAGGUGAAACAUGACAAGGCAGAGAAAAGAACAGACAGAGAAGAGCUGGUUAACCAUAGUGACCACGUGAAAGAGAAGGAGAAGAAGAUUAGCACGGAGAAGAAAGGAGAGGAGAAAAAAGACAAAGAGGAGAGUAAAGGAAAAGUUCAAAAAGUAGAGGAAAGUGAGAAACCUGGCAACUGUGUGGCCAAAAACACCCCACAGAACAAGGCGAAAGAGGAAGAGGAGGAGGACGAAGACUCAAGCAUGUUUGACGAGCUGAUGGAGCAGGUUCGGAGCAACGACCCCUCCCUCACUGAGCUCAACGUCAACAACUCAGAAGUCAUCAAGACCAAAACACUCAUCGAGUUUGCAGAGGCUUUGCACAAGAACACCCAUGUUAAGACGUUUGCUUUGGCUAACUGCCGUGCAGACGACCAUGUGGCUUAUGCCAUCGCGGGCACGCUACGCAGCAACAAGACUAUCACCAGCAUCAAUGUGGACUCCAACCAUCUCACUGGCAAGGGCAUCCUGUCUAUGAUCCAGGCGCUACCACACAACUCCACACUGACUGAGCUUCGCUUUCAAAACCAGCGUCACGUCUGUGGCGGGAAGACGGAGAUGGAGAUGACCAAGAUCCUGAAGGAAAACACCACCCUGCUCAAACUGGGCUACCACUUUGAGUUAGCUGGACCCAGAAUGACUACAACAAACAUACUGAGUCGCAACAUGGACCGACAGAGGCAGAAGCGCCUGCAGGAGCAGAAGCAGGCCCAGGCCAAUGGGGAGAAGAAGGGCACACUGGAGGUACCCAAGGUGGGUGGUGGAGGAUCUCUGAGAAGCUCGCCCAGAGCUUCCCCCAAACCUUCUCCCAUACCUUCACCUAUGCCAUCACCAAAGCUGACUCCUAAAAGAGGAGCUGGAGGUCCUGUUCCACCUCCACCCCCGCCUCCUCCUGGGGGUGGACCUCCACCUCCUCCGCCUCCUAUGCUGGAUGUAGACGCCCUGAGGAACUCUCUGACCCCGGUGUCACAGAGGAAGCUGGAUGGAAAAAGCCCAAGCGGUUGUAAGAACUCAAGGGACCAACUGCUUGCCUCGAUCAGAGGAAGCGAUAAGAAACAACUCAAGAAGGUGCCGGUGCCAAAGUGGUUGCAGUAAUAUUUCCUAUAUGAAGUGAAAAAUAUGAAGUGAAAAGUGAAGAGAGAGGGAGAAUAGAGAUGAGAUAAACUCAACACUCCUAAGAUGCAGUCAAAGAACUGCGCCGUGGGACGGAUGGAGAAAGUGAAACAUGAGAUGCCCAUCGGUCAGAUGACUAGCCCUCACUAUGAGAUCUCCCCAAAAACACUGGACCAAAAGGACUCUAGGGAGAAUGGGUGAUGCAGGGCUCUCUAUUAGCCGACUGCAUAGAGUGCCUUGAGUUUUGUGGUUGUUUGUCUUCAGUACAUAUUGACGCUUUGCUGGUUAUUUGCACUAGAUAAUAUGAAGCCGAUCAUAUAACAUGUUGGCUUGUGUAUGCAUCUGAAUAUGAGCGUGAUGGGAAUGUGUGAUGAGCUUAUUAAGAUUUAUAAAUAACUUUAUAAAAUUCUAAUAGACAAAAACUUUUAUCAGUGAUAUAGUGGACAUUAAUUUGACCAUAUAUUUUUUGUGGAGAGGAAAUCCACCUUAUACUUGUAAGUUGUAAAUCUGUUCAAACUGGGAAUUUUGAAAUGGCGGAAAUAUCAGGGAAUUAACUAACAUGGCGGCCUGACUUAAAACAAUCUGAGUAAGAAAAAAAGGUCAUGGUGGUCUUUGUGUGUCUCAUUUCCAAAUCUCAAGACAUCUCAGGCAGGGUUUAAUGGAAAGCAGCCCAGUGGAAAUCCUGGUGCAUGACGAAAGAGUUUGAGCAUGGAAAUAAUUACAGAAUGCAUUUUUAUCAGGAAGUGCAAAUGGCUGUCCUUCAGUAUCUGAUGUUAUUUUUUGUACAGAAUCAUUCUGCCUUGUUGUUUGAAUACCUUACAAAACUUGUAAUGUAAUACACCCACAUGUCUUAACCUUAGGGGGUUUUGUAAAACCAUUACUGGCUUAAAUCAACACUUCUGUUGAUUUAUGCCAUACUUAUAAGUGAAUGUCAUUUCAAAAAGGAAUUUAAUGUGAUAAAAAUCAGAGAGGCACUUAUAUGUGCACUCUGUAAUGAAGGACUCUCUUUCAUAUCUGAUUACACAUGCUUUUCUUACAGAGCCUGUAUGUCUUCAAUAAAAGAUUGUGGUAUGUUUGCAAUGACAAGUCACAAGUGUAAUGUUA